AUGAUAACAGCAGCAGCAGAAACUGAGGAAGGAGCGGUACCGGAAGAGCCCCUGUCGGGUAACGAGCCAUUGGAGGCAACAACACUCAAUGCUGAAGUUGAUGAUGAUGACGACGAUACCCUCACUUUGAAGGAGAUACGAUGCAGAAGGUUCUCUCAUAAAGUGGCUUCGUUGUUGUCAUCCUCUGGUGCUGUGGGUGACGGCAAUGCGAUCAAUCCUAAGACGGGUACGACCGGUCUGCCGCCAUUUUUACGUUCCUAUGGCAGCACGUCCAAGCGCGAGGAACGACUCAUGCACUUCCUUGAAGAAUUUGAGAUUAAAUUUCGGCAGACGUACGGAGGGGAAAGGAAACUUUAUUUAUGCCCUUCGAAUGAAAUUGGAGUUCCGAAGUUUCUGCCAACGACGAUUCGACCAUUCAAAUUGGCCUAUCCAGAAUUAUACGACGCUGGAGCCUGCGCUAAGUUCCUGGCAGAUCAUAUAGUCUAUGAAGAGUUGAAGGAUCCUGGAGAGUUCCCUGCGGUCGUUUGCUCUCCUUCCACGACUUUGUUCUAUCAAGCUGGAGAUGCAUUUGAUAUCAGUGUGGUGCAAAGAAAAGGAGGAGGAAGUUCAGGGGUAGUUGAAGAAGAAAAAAUGAUAAAAAAGUAUGUGGAUUUGUUGGAUUUGAGACAACUCGCCACUGAGGAGGUGGAAGAGGACAUUUCAGAGUCUCUUGAAAUGCAUCAUCGUGGAAGUAUUGAUGAGAAUCGAAAUGAAUCGGCGGAAUCGGCAGAGAAGACUAUUGGUGAAGAUUUCUCGUUGGGGAAGAAGUUUAUAAUUGAAAGCGAAUUUGUGAAGGGAGAGGAGAAUAGAGAGGCCCUCCUUGAGGAAAGGGCGGCGUAUGAGGCAGAGAGGAGCGAUUCGGACGAUGAACUAACGGAAGAUGAGGAGGAAAUGGACGCUAUCGCGGCUACAGCAGCGAAUAUUAAGGAACUCGGGAAUGCAGCUGCUGGCCAGGGCGAAGAAGCUCAGCCUUCUAAGUUCAUAGGUAGGAGAUCGUCGGUAGAAGAGCACAUUGUUGGGUUAUGGUACGGAAAGGAGCGCGAGGUGUGGUAUGUGAUAUGUUUAUUGAGCCCUCCACGGGGAUGGUGUUCUCUACUAAAACGGAACCAACCAGUGUUGCAACCCUCGCGAGGUGACAGUAGAAGGGCCCAAGAAGAAGUGGAGAUGAAUGCUAAUACAAUUCCUCUGGAGCACCUCAUCGGAGUAUACGACAUUUCAAGGCCACUCACUGUGGACGAUUUGCCACCUAGUUGGACUAGUCCUGCAGUGAUAACAAGAGAACGAUAUGCUACACGAUUCUGUGAUAAAGGAGUUAAAAUAGAGAAAUACUUGAAAGCGACUUUGGAGGAAUUCUCAGUGGGUUCACAGCCUGAUGGUAUGGUGCAAAGGGUGACUCGAUUUAAGGAUAUACGAAUGCGGAUACCAGUGAUGAUAACGGAGAUAUUCAAACAACGAAAAGAUUCCUUGCAAACGCGAAUAAAGUAUCUGGGUGACGCUGCAAUUCGCGAGGAAUUCGAUCAUGGACGUUCGAGUGCACUAAAAGUUUUGGUCGACAUAGAUGAGCGCGUGAGAAUUAUGGAGUACUAUCACGAGGGAAGGGCAGAUAGAUUGGAACGAACUGUUGAGAAAAUUGGGGAAAAAAUUAAAGAGUAUUUCAUCGAUCGCGAUGAUAUGUUGGAGUAUCACUCAGUGAAAUUAGACCGUGAACUGAUGGGAAGUGUGGUGGGCAGAAGUCUACCGAGUUUGCCGAUUGGUGAGUACGUUAAUGGUAAGAUUGUGUUUCACCUCCCUAAGAAGUGUAUUCGCAUUACUUAUCACCGUCCGGAAGGACGGCUGAUGGGCCAACAGUUGACUUUUUAUAAAACCCCUGACGGGCAAUCUCUGACAUUGGAUAAGCUCAGCCGAAUUGGAGCAGGGGAUGAUAUCAAACUGCCGACACCUAUGCAGUUGUUGCAAUUAUUGAAACUCGAGAAAACGGCUAAGCAUAGCUUCAUUGAGACUACUAAUCAAAUUACUUCUGAGAUGGUAUUACGUCGUAAAGAGGAAAACAAAGUGAAGAAUGUGAGAUUAAUGAGUCAAAAUGAAGGAGUUCAGAAAGCGAGUGCAGCUGCGGCGAUAGCAGAUUUUGCUGGUCCACCCGUUGAUGUUGGAAAAAGUGCUCAUAACAAGGGAGGAGAUACUGUGGCUUCUCAGCGAAAUUUGGUGCUGAUGAAAAACGUAUACGAUUACGCCAGAGGAGCUUUGGCUGAAGUCACGCCGCUGGAAGAUGGUUCGGAGGAAUAUGGGGAGGAUAGUGCGACGAAAAUAGCUGAGAAAAAAAUGGACAUUUUGAUGCCGUAUUUGGCAGAGUUCCGUGGAGAACAGCUAGAUGCACUCCAGGCGGAAUUUGUUGUUAAGAAGUGUAAAAGUGACUUCCGCAAGAGGCUCCUGGAUAGGGCGGCGGUUAUUCAGAAAAGGUUAGAAGAGGAACAAGAGGCAUUGAAAAAACGGCGUGCUCAAAUUCAACGUCGCGGUGGUCCUGAAAUCCAGCAAGGGAGAGCUGAAUCUGAUUUCGAACAGUACCAAACUUUGGCUAUGUUCCGGAUUCAAAUUUUGGAGCAACGGCUGGCCCGACAUGAAAUACAAGCUAUUAAGAAAUUCACUGAGUUGGAAGAGGCACUUCUGACUGAUCCGAGAUUGCAAGCGAUGUGGGAAAAAGAAUCGUCGGGCUUUGGCGACGUGGAUGAGGACGAAGAGGAAGAGUUGUGUGGAUCCUCUCAUGCUGAGGGUAAGUGA